UUCGCCAGUAUUUUUGGUUGCUGCAGCUCUUUGCUUGGCAACCACUCUGGCUUCUGGUCCAGGGAUGGCCCCUGGGGUGGUCCCUGGGCUCUGUCCAGCAGACCCCCAACUCACAAUCAGGGGACUUUAAUUCUUUCACACAGGAGUCUGAGACUUUGCUUCUGUACCCGGACAUGGAGUCAAAUGGAGAGCUGCCUGCAGGGCCAUAUCAAGAUGUUGCUGUUCCAUGUCAAGUUCUGCAGGAGGCCCCAUCUCAGCCUCCAGAGAGCCCUGAGGAGGUGGAACCUUCUCCAGUCCAGGAGGGAGCUCCAUCUCAGCCUCCAAAGAGCCCCGAGGAGGUGGAACCUUCACUUGAGACGGAGGCCCAGGCUCAGCCUGCAGAGCAUCCUGAGGUGGUGGAACCUCCUCCAUUCCCUCAGGAGGCCCAGGCUCAGCCUGCAGAGUGCCCUGAGUAUGACUCUGCCCCACUCCAGCAAGAGGCCCCAGCACAAGUUCCAGGGUUCCCUGGUGAGAAUGUGCCUCAGUUUCCAGUGAGUGAUGAGGCAGCAGCUCGACCUGGAAGUAAGUAUCCAGCUCACUCCAACGCAUCCAGUGUUAGACUUAAACCGGUGGAUUUGGAACUUACGGUCACUCCACAGCCUACUAGGGAAGGCGAGUUUACCACAGCCCAGCAGGAGGCCCUGCCUCAGCCUCUUGAGUAUUCUGUGGAGGCAUAACCUUCUCCAACCCUGCAGGAUGCCACAGGUCUGCCUCCAGAGCCUCCUGAGGAAGCUGAGCCUUCUCUAGGUGGAGAGGGACAACUGGCUCAGCCUUAUGAGCCUAAUGGGGAAGUUGUACCCUUUUCAACCCAGCAGGAGAGCCCAGCUCAGCCCACAGAGCAUCCUGAGGUGGUGAAACCAGCCACCCAGCAGGAGAGCCCAGCUCAGUCUCCAGCAGAGAUAGAGCCUUCCACAACCCAGCAGGAACGCACAGGUCAGCGUCCAGAUUCUCCUGCUGAGGCCGAACCCUCGCCAGCUCAUUCUCAAGAGCCUGAUAU